UCUAGAUUGCUAUCUCCGAAUUGACCUCGAAUUGUCAUUGCUAUCGUUCACAUCUGCAACAAUGGAUCCAUUCUCAGCAGAAGGCGAGUUAAUCAACAUUCACAAUGCCUUUCACCAAGGUCAAUACCCCGCUGUGAUCGAGUUCGACACCUCAGCCCUCUCCCCUGAGAACCAGCUCCCCGCCCGCAUUCUCCAGCUUCGCGCCCAGAUCGCGCUGGGUCAGUCGGACGCAGUCUUGGCCGACGUCGCAGGCGAGGAGGACACCCCCGACCUCGCCGCUGUUAAGGCCCUGGCGCAGCACACAGCCGGAGACGCCAAUUCGGCUUACACUUUGGCCCAGGAGCUCGCCGAGAACUACCCCGACAACAGCAGCGUCCAGGUUCUUGCCGGUACCGUUCUGCAGGCCCAGGGACACAGCGAGGAGGCUCUGGCCUUGUUGACCAAGCAUCAGGGCAACCUGGAGGCUGUCGCCUUGAUCGUGCAAAUUCACCUCCACCAGAACCGGUCGGAUCUCGCUCUGAAGGAAGUGCAAGCCGCUAAGCGCUGGGCUCAGGAUUCGCUCCUGGUCAAUCUGGCAGAGUCGUGGGUUGGAUUGAGAGUAGGCGGCGAGAAAUACCAAGCUGCGUUCUACGUCUACGAGGAACUAGCCUCCGCGCCUAGCACCGCCGCGCCCCUUUCGAUCGUCGGCCAGGCCGUCGCGGAGCUUCACUUGGGAAGACUUCCCGAGGCGGAAGCCGCCUUGUCCGCGGCGCUGGAGACAUACCCCGACGAAGCGGAAUUGAUCGCCAACGCGAUCGUGUUGAAUGUCCUGGCUGGCAAGUCGACGGAAGAUUUGGAACAGCGUCUCCAGAAAACCCAGCCAUUGCACCCUCUGAUGAGCGAUGCGCAAGAAAAGAGUGCCCUCUUCGAUGCCGCAGCCGCGAAAUAUGCCCCUAGGGUGUCUGCCUAAGUCUGUUUGCAAGCGCUGCCGAGCUCAGGAGUACCCUCGGACUCAUACUUCCUUUCUUCUUCUUUCUUGUUCCCCUGUCCAGAUUUCUUGUACAACCCUCUAGCGCUAUAUUGUUCUUUCAUCAUGAAUCGAUUUGACGG